AUGGACCACAAUGAGAGAAUUUCGGCCUCGCGUAUGUGCUACUAUCUUCUGGUCGUAUCAUUGAUCUAUAUCCUUGUCAUGCCGGUUGAAAUCCAGUCCCUCCGCAGAGACUUCAUGAACGCGUUGGCCACCGCACGAGUUGCAGAAAUAUCCCUUUUCGCAACCGGACUCGUCAUCACAUUCUUCCACCUUUUCCUCCGCACGAAUGCCACACGCAUGGUGAUUAGACCGAUCGAAGAAAUGAGAGCCCCUAAACAGCAACAGCGGCCAAAGAUCCGAUUCUUUGGCCCAAGCGAUCUCGAGAUGAACAUCAGUGGUCCGAUGGGUCUGCGAGGCGGUCGUCGGCCAUCCGACAGCCAGGGUCUAAUUGACGUAGGCCCUGAGAAGAACCGCCUAGAUUUCGACCCCGAAUACUUUCAACGACCGCAGCGCGCCAUGACACCUAAUUCAGUGAAGCCACAUAGCCCGAUCGAUCCCACAAAAUGGCCACUACCUCCGGCUGUUGCAGAUGUCAAGGAAUCCAAGGCCAUUCAAGACCAGGAAAAACGUGGCUACUCCCUCUUUCCGACACGUGCCGAGGAGGUCCCUCGUCUGCCAGCAACGGUAUACGACCCUAACGCGGUCCCGGGUGAAUCGCGAGUGUCUAAGCUCGCUCUACGACGCCUCACGCGCAGGGGAUCUAUUACCAACGUUAGUGAAGCAUUCGAGUUUUUGACAAAGCCACGACCGUUGUUCUCGGAAAAACAUGGUCGAAAUCGUAGCACCGAUAGCAGUGCAACGGUUCAAAUUGGUCUUCGCUUCUCUGUUGCACCUGCUACUCUUGCAGCAGCCAAGUGCACCCGGGUAGAACGCAACAUGGAAACGGAGCCCAGCGUCCCUUCCCUGAGGAGAGGAGACACAGAGUCUAGUGGUAUUGCCUGCUCCGCCCCCACGCUCGCCACUGUCCAAGACUACCAUCGCCGCGCCCACCUGUACGUCGGGCCUACACAUGAACCCCGUCACCCCAACUGGAUCUGUAGCAUCACCGACGACGCCAGCCUCUAUCCGCCAGGCGCCAUCACCUACGGCGAGGAUACCACUUGGUGCAGGAACCAUGUCGCGUAG